GGAACGGCCGGGCUGGCUGCGGAAGGGGAGGGGGGAGGAGGCGAUUGGAUGCGGCGGCGGCGGCGGAUCCCGGAGAGCAGCGGAGUGAGAGGAGUAGCGAGUCGGACACCCGGAGGGGUAAAAAUAUUUCCAGUAUGGCUCAUUCAAAGACAAGGACCAAUGAUGGAAAAAUUACUUAUCCUCCUGGUGUCAAGGAAAUCUCAGAUAAAAUAUCUAAAGAGGAGAUGGUGAGACGGUUAAAGAUGGUUGUGAAAACUUUCAUGGAUAUGGACCAGGACUCUGAAGAAGAAAAGGAGCUUUAUCUAAACCUAGCUUUACAUCUUGCUUCAGAUUUUUUCCUUAAGCAUCCUGAUAAAGAUGUUCGUUUACUAGUGGCCUGCUGCCUUGCCGAUAUUUUCAGGAUUUAUGCUCCUGAAGCUCCUUAUACAUCCCCUGAUAAACUAAAGGAUAUAUUUAUGUUUAUAACAAGGCAGUUGAAGGGAUUAGAGGAUACGAAGAGCCCACAAUUCAAUAGGUAUUUUUAUUUACUUGAGAACAUUGCUUGGGUCAAAUCAUAUAACAUAUGCUUUGAAUUAGAAGAUAGCAAUGAAAUUUUUACCCAACUAUACAGAACAUUAUUUUCAGUUAUAAACAAUGGACACAAUCAGAAGGUUCAUAUGCACAUGGUAGACCUCAUGAGCUCUAUUAUUUGUGAAGGUGAUACAGUAUCUCAGGAGCUUUUGGACACAGUUUUAGUAAAUCUGGUGCCUGCCCAUAAGAAUUUAAACAAGCAAGCAUAUGAUUUGGCAAAGGCUUUACUGAAGAGGACAGCUCAAGCUAUUGAACCAUAUAUUACCAAUUUUUUUAAUCAGGUUCUGAUGCUUGGGAAAACAUCUAUCAGUGAUUUGUCAGAACAUGUGUUUGACUUAAUUUUGGAGCUCUACAAUAUUGAUAGUCACUUGCUGCUCUCUGUUUUACCCCAGCUUGAGUUUAAAUUAAAGAGCAAUGAUAAUGAGGAACGACUCCAAGUUGUUAAACUAUUAGCAAAAAUGUUCGGGGCAAAGGAUUCAGAGUUGGCUUCUCAAAACAAACCACUUUGGCAGUGCUACUUGGGCAGGUUUAAUGAUAUCCAUGUACCAAUCCGCCUGGAAUGUGUGAAAUUUGCUAGUCAUUGUCUCAUGAACCAUCCUGAUUUAGCAAAGGAUUUAACAGAAUAUCUUAAAGUGAGGUCACAUGACCCUGAGGAAGCUAUUAGACAUGAUGUUAUUGUGUCUAUAGUUACAGCUGCUAAAAAGGAUAUUCUUCUGGUCAAUGAUCACUUACUUAAUUUUGUGAGAGAGAGAACAUUAGAUAAACGGUGGAGAGUGCGCAAAGAAGCCAUGAUGGGACUGGCUCAAAUUUAUAAGAAGUAUGCUUUACAAUCAGCAGCUGGAAAAGAUGCUGCAAAACAGAUAUCGUGGAUCAAGGACAAAUUGCUACAUAUAUAUUACCAAAAUAGUAUUGAUGAUCGAUUACUUGUUGAACGAAUCUUUGCUCAAUACAUGGUUCCCCACAAUCUGGAAACUACAGAACGGAUGAAGUGCUUGUAUUACUUAUAUGCCACACUGGAUUUAAAUGCUGUGAAAGCAUUGAAUGAAAUGUGGAAAUGUCAAAAUCUGCUCCGACAUCAAGUAAAGGAUUUGCUUGACUUAAUUAAGCAACCUAAAACAGAUGCCAGUGUCAAGGCCAUAUUUUCAAAAGUGAUGGUUAUUACAAGAAAUUUGCCAGAUCCUGGUAAGGCUCAGGAUUUCAUGAAGAAAUUCACACAAGUGUUAGAAGAUGAUGAGAAAAUAAGGAAACAAUUAGAAGUACUUGUUAGUCCAACAUGCUCCUGCAAACAGGCUGAAGGUUGUGUGCGUGAAAUAACUAAGAAGUUGGGCAACCCUAAACAGCCUACAAAUCCUUUCCUGGAAAUGAUCAAGUUUCUCUUGGAGAGGAUAGCACCUGUGCACAUAGAUACUGAAUCUAUCAGUGCUCUUAUCAAGCAAGUGAACAAAUCAAUAGAUGGAACAGCAGAUGAUGAAGAUGAGGGUGUUCCGACUGAUCAAGCUAUCAGGGCAGGUUUGGAACUGCUUAAGGUCCUCUCAUUUACACAUCCUAUCUCAUUCCAUUCUGCUGAAACAUUUGAAUCACUUCUGGCUUGUCUUAAAAUGGAUGAUGAAAAAGUAGCAGAAGCUGCACUGCAAAUUUUCAAAAAUACAGGAAGCAAAAUUGAAGAGGAUUUCCCACACAUUAGAUCAGCCUUGCUUCCUGUUUUACAUCACAAAUCUAAAAAAGGACCCCCUCGUCAAGCCAAAUAUGCCAUUCACUGUAUCCAUGCGAUAUUUUCUAGUAAAGAGACCCAGUUUGCACAGAUAUUUGAGCCUCUGCAUAAGAGCCUAGACCCAAGCAACCUGGAACAUCUUAUAACACCACUGGUUACUAUUGGUCAUAUUGCUCUUCUUGCACCUGAUCAGUUUGCUGCUCCUUUGAAGUCUUUGGUAGCUACUUUCAUUGUGAAAGAUCUUCUCAUGAAUGAUCGGCUUCCAGGAAAAAAGACAACUAAACUUUGGGUUCCAGAUGAAGAAGUUUCUCCUGAGACAAUGGUCAAAAUUCAGGCUAUUAAAAUGAUGGUUCGAUGGCUACUUGGAAUGAAAAAUAAUCACAGUAAAUCAGGAACUUCUACCUUAAGAUUGCUAACAACAAUAUUGCACAGUGAUGGAGACUUGACAGAGCAGGGGAAAAUUAGCAAACCAGAUAUGUCACGUCUGAGGCUUGCUGCUGGAAGUGCUAUCGUGAAGCUGGCACAAGAACCCUGCUACCAUGAAAUCAUCACAUUAGAACAGUAUCAGUUAUGUGCAUUAGCUAUCAAUGAUGAAUGCUAUCAAGUAAGACAAGUGUUUGCUCAGAAACUUCACAAAGGCCUUUCCCGAUUACGGCUUCCACUUGAGUAUAUGGCAAUCUGUGCACUUUGUGCUAAAGAUCCUGUAAAAGAGAGAAGAGCUCAUGCUAGACAGUGUCUAGUAAAAAAUAUAAAUGUAAGACGAGAGUAUCUGAAGCAACAUGCAGCUGUUAGUGAAAAAUUAUUGUCUCUUCUACCAGAGUAUGUUGUUCCAUAUACAAUUCACCUUUUGGCACAUGACCCAGAUUAUGUCAAAGUACAGGAUAUUGAACAACUUAAAGAUGUUAAAGAAUGUCUUUGGUUUGUUCUGGAAAUAUUAAUGGCUAAAAAUGAAAAUAACAGUCAUGCAUUUAUCAGAAAAAUGGUUGAAAAUAUUAAACAAACAAAAGAUGCCCAAGGACCAGAUGAUGCAAAAAUGAAUGAAAAGCUAUACACUGUGUGUGAUGUUGCCAUGAAUAUCAUCAUGUCAAAGAGCACCACAUACAGUUUGGAAUCUCCUAAAGACCCAGUACUACCAGCUCGUUUUUUCACCCAACCUGAUAAGAAUUUCAGUAACAAAAAUUACCUGCCUCCAGAAAUGAAAUCGUUUUUCACUCCUGGAAAACCUAAAACAACCAAUGUUCUAGGAGCUGUUAAUAAGCCACUUUCAUCAGCAGGCAAACAAUCUCAGACCAAAUCAUCACGAAUGGAAACUGUAAGCAAUGCAAGCAGCAGCUCAAAUCCAAGCUCUCCUGGAAGAAUAAAAGGGAGGCUUGAUAGUUCUGAAAUGGAUCACAGUGAAAAUGAAGAUUACACAAUGUCUUCACCUUUGCCGGGGAAAAAAAGUGACAAGAGAGACGACUCUGAUCUUGUAAGGUCUGAAUUAGAGAAGCCUAGAAGCCGGAAAAAAAACCCUGUCACAGAUCCAGAGGAGAAGUUAGGUAUGGAUGACCUGACUAAGUUGGUACAAGAACAGAAACCCAAAGGCAAUCAGCGAGGCCGGAAAAGAGGCCAUACAGCUUCAGAAUCAGAUGAACAGCAGUGGCCUGAGGAGAAAAGGCUCAAAGAAGAUCUAUUAGAAAAUGAGGAUGAACAGAACAGUCCGCCUAAAAAGGGGAAAAGAGGCCGGCCACCAAAACCUCUUGGUGGAGGUACACCAAAAGAAGAGCCAACAAUGAAAACUUCUAAAAAAGGAAACAAAAAAAAAUCUGGACCUCCCACAGCAGAGGAAGAGGAAGAAGAAGAUAGACAAAGUGGAAAUACAGAACAGAAGUCAAAAAGCAAGCAGCACCGAGUAUCAAGGAGAGCACAGCAGAGCAGAGCAGAAUCUCCUGAAACUAGUGCAGUUGAAUCCACACAAUCCACACCACAGAAAGGACGAGGAAGACCAUCAAAAACGCCAUCACCAUCACAACCUAAAAAAAAUGUCCGUGUAGGACGCUCCAAGCAAGCAGCUACUAAAGAAAAUGAUUCAAGUGAAGAAGUAGAUGUGUUUCAGGGUAGCUCUCCUGUCAAUGAUGAUAUUCCACAGGAUGAAACAGAGGAAGAGGAAGUUUCUGCAGUAAAUGUACGGCGGAGAAGUUCUAAAAGGGAAAGGCGAUGAACAGAAUUUUCUUUAUGAAAACUUUGGAAAAAAUCAUUUUUUUUUUUGUCAAGCUUGAGGCUGAACCAAGCCUUUGAUGCACAAAAUGGGACUGCUGAAAAGUGGACAGUUGGACCUUACUUUUAUGACUUAUGACCUCAUGCAUUUGUGGUCACACGCUUUAGCCAUACACAUGGUGAUGACAUUGACUAUGGAGUCUUGUGAAAGUGUAAUGUGCGAUGGCUAUGUAGACAUAAACUAAAGAAAAACUUGUAAAUAUCCUUUUUUCUUUCCUUUUAAAUGUUUCUGACUUCUAAAGUGCUUGUAUAGCUUUUAUCUGCGGCUUUAAACUGACAGUACCCAACUGUUUACUGGAUCUAUUGAUUUGAAAAGAGUUUGUUAGGAUAGAUCUUAAGCAGUAAUCUGUCAGUGUUUGUAUUUGUAUCCUCUGCAGUUUUACUGUGAAAAAAUUUUUUUCAACAAUUGGUGUCAUUUUCUUGAUGUCACUAUUUGUUGGAGUGUUAAAUAGUCUCUUCCCCUUGUGUAUCUUAUCUAGUGUUUACUCCUGGGCACCCUUCUUCUUCAGAGGUGCUAAAUGGUCUGCCAUUACACCAGAAAGAAGCUUCUGAUGGGAGGACACCAAUGCAAAUUGUGAAAUACUCCUAAAGUUGUUUGAUUACUUUACACCUCAGUAUUGGUCCCAGAAUUUCCUGACCUUUCAUGGCAGUGAAAAUUUUAAGAAGAAAGAGAUUUAAAAUAUUUUAAUUUUAAAGAAUGUGUUAUAAAAUAAUGUACCGAAUUCUUUAUCCCAUUUUAUCAUCCCUUUUCAGUUUUUAUUAAUCUACUGUAUCAAUAAAAUUCUGUAACUUGAAUGAGUUUUUCAUAGUCUAGAAUGUUGUUGUGUAUAAGUAAUUCCUUUUGAACAUUAUGUUCAGAAAAUGCAAAUUAUUACACUAUAAUAUAAAAUCUGAUAUAUACACAUUUAGAAAAUACCAGUUCUUCAUAACAGUAUAAAAUUAAUCAGAAAGAAAAAUUUUAUUGAUGCAGUGUGUCUUUAUAAAUCUGUUCUUGAAAGCCAAGUGUUUUUGUAUUUUAUAGUGAUUUGCAUGUUUAUGAAAAAGUGCUGAAAAUGAGAUGUGCUUUUUUCUGUAAAUUCAUAUUUAGCCAUAGUGUAUGAUAGAUUACCCCAUAACAUAGUUUUUCAUCAAAAGCUUAUUACUGUACUUUAUUUUGGAGCCAAAAAAUUGUUUUGGGGGGUAGGGACAGGGUGGAAGUGAUAUAUCCAACUAUAUCAGCUACUAUAUGUAACACAGUCUUACAGUACUGAAUGAAAUUCUGCUUUGUCCAGAUUGGGAGAAGUGAAAAUUUAUUUGGAUUUAGAGCAGAUCUUUUUCUUUUUCUUUUCUUUCUUUGUUCAUUGUAAACAAACAUAGAAACAAAUAAGGCAGUAUUCUUUAUACAGUUAUGUAGACUGUAUGUUGAACCAAAACAUAGAUUACUGCUUAAUACUUACCCAAAUCAUUUCA